AAUGAGAAAUUCACAUAUUUAAAAAUUCACAUAUUCAAAAGUGCUGGAAAUUAUUAAAUAGAUACGAACAAACAAAAGUGAAUAACAAUAAGAAUUUGUGUAGUGUUCGCAGAAUUAGGUGAAACUUCCUUAUGCAAAGGAGUAAAUAAUAUUUGUGUGGUAGCAAAUAUAAACAAAAGCAAAGUAUCUCAAAUUCAUCUCUAACUUUAAUUCACUCUGGCUGCUACGCUGCAUGCCGAUAAAGCGCCAAGAACAAAUUGAAGUGCGCCAGCAGAAUUUCAUGAUGCCCAGGCAUGCACCUUAAUUACCAUUAAAACCGAAUUAUCGCAGCAGACGCGUUAAACACCAAUAAAAAUAAAUAAAAAACAAAUUAAAAGCUUUCGAGUUAUUUUCCAUUCAAGUGCAAUAUGCUCAACGCUGCAACAGGCAACAACAACAUUACCUGAGCUAUCAAAAGUAGAGCAACUAUGCGGGAAACCUGAUGCGGGAGACCGAUGCAGACGAUUGAUUUGUGGCGUGAAGCGGUUAGUAGCUAGCUGAUAACGACAAACGCAAAGUGAACAUAAAUAAUUUUCAGCAACAAUUCCGAAUUUCACCACACUUUCGACAACAACAAACCAAACGCAUCACUAACACUUGUACGCAACACUCGAACACUUCGCUCAGUUGGCACUGCAGCGUCUACGCGCCUGCGCAGCGCCACGUCAAGCGCUAAAUGAUUGGCACGGAUGAGAUGUCAUCCACUGGCAUGGAUAUAAGUGAAACAUUUCGUGCGGAGGAGCUAACUAAAACGGAUUUUUUCGAUUUCGUCUCGGCGCCCGAUAUGGGCAUUGGUAUCGGUGUCGGCGCAGAUGUGGUCGACAUCGGUAUGGGUGUGGGCAGUCUGCAUGCGGGCAGCGUAAGCACCGGCACACAUCAACAUCAUCAAUCGCAUCAGCAGCAGCAGCAACAACAGCAUACGCAUCAUCAGCAACACAGUCACCAGCAGCAACAGCAACAACAACAACAGCAUGCGCACCAUCAACAACACAGUCAUGAGCAAAGCAAUAACUUAGCCGUCAGCAUGCCACAUGAUGGUGGCGGUGGCACCAGCAGUGGGAGUGGUUGUGUUGGCGGACGUGUUGGCACUCCGGGUAAUGGCAGCAGUUGCCUAGAUGGCUCAGAUGGUAACAGUAAUGGCAACAAUAGUGAUCCAACAUUGCAGGGCUAUGAGUUCUGGCACACCGACAAGGAUUCAACUAGUCGUCUGGAUGCCACCAUUUUUGAGGAUCUCGAUCGCUAUUAUUGGCAGCAACAGGGUGUUGGUGUGAAUGCUGCGGCACCAUCUAUGCCUACAGCGGCGGAAACACACCAGCAACGCUCCACACCCGCUAAUAGCUUACAGCAUUCCUCGCAUCUGCAUAGCCCAGCAUCGCCAAAUCAAACGCAUCCGCACAAACAACAGCAACAACAACAACAUCUACAUCAUCAUUCACCGCAUCAGCAUAUGCAUACGCAGCAGCAGCAGCAACAACAGCACCAACAGUCAGCCGCCAUCCAUCACACGCAACGACAAAUGUCCCUCAACAAUAGCAGUUCCUGUGCACAAAGUGCCACUCAAGUAGCCAACAACAAUGCAACCAAUAAUAAUACUUCACUCAGCCACAGCCAGCAUAAUAAUAAUAAUAAUGCUAGCAACAGUAACGGCAAUACCAGUAUGGCGGUGAAUAACAGUGACGGUCAGAUCUACACAAUUACAGUAUUAAAUGGCAAUGAGUCAUGGCUGAAGCGUGAACCCGAGGACACCGCUGCCCAACUGUCCAACACAUUGGAUCUGGACAGCUUGCUUGGUAGCUUUCCGGGUUAUAUCAAAACAGAGUAUCCCUAUGAUGAGAGUUCGGCUGGUUAUGGUACGGCUGAAGCCAGCGUCAGGGAUGGCAAUGUUACUGGUGAUAUGGUGAAUGGGCUGGUAAUGGGCGCGAAUGCGACAACAGGUCUGCAUGGUGCCAAUAGCGGGAGUGGUGUGAAUAGUCAGCGGCUACCUUCACUGGUGACGGCCAUUUCGUUGGCAGGCGGUGUUGGUGGCAUGAGCGGUGUUGGAAGCCCGUCGCACACGCAGUUGGCACAGUUUCAAAACAACAACAACGACUGGCAUAUGGCGGAUCACAAUGCAGAGCAGAACUCAGCUGAGUCCUUGCUGCGUAGCGCUUUGCAGGGUAAAGGUUAUUCCAAAGGCAUACACAUGCAAAAUGGCAUUUCAUUACUACCCUCCUCACCAUCCGUGAAAGAAGAUGAAAUGCGACGGCUGCUUUUUCCACCAGAUUCGGACACACUCUCUUUCGGCGACUCAACGCUCAGCGCCGCCCAGAUGUUCGAGGACACACAUUCAUCGCAGCUAGUUGGCAGCCAACAUCCUAAUGGCGGCGUCAACAGCGCAGGCGUGUCCAGUCUCAUGGUCGACGAUAUGUUCCUAUCGCUAGAAAGUGCCUUCAGCGACGACUUCGAGAAGAUCAAACGCAUUGCCAAUGAAGUGCAGCAAUUCUGUUCGCCAACAUCGAGUGCCGAUUAUGGUGCCAGCGACGUGUUGAUGCAAAUAUCGCCAGCAGGUGGCGCAAACGCGGCCACUACGAAUGUGCAACAGUUGCAACAGCAGCAACAACAGCAGCUGCUCUCACCGGCAACAACGCCCACGAGUAUGCCGCAACAACAGCAACCAUCGCCAUUGCCACAGGCGGCUAUGCCAGCGCUCCAUAUGACCGGACAGCAGACUGUUGUGCAACAACAACCGCGCGUUUUGCAUGCACAGCAACAACACGUAUCUAGUGGUAAGUCUAGCGCGGUAACCAGCAGUAGCGGUACCAGCAGCGGCAGCAAUACCAAAGUGACAAAGAAAUACAAGCGCUCCACAUCGAGUACGCAACACCACAAUAAUAACAACAACAAUCCAAAUAUAACAAAUCACAACAGCGGUACGGGCACCGGCAGCAGCGUGGCUCCAGCUGGUAGCAGCAGCACAGCAAAUAGCACGAAUGGCCCAGCCAGCGGCGGCAGCAAUUCGAGCAACAGCAGCAACAGCCCCACACACUGUAAUGGUCAGCGCAAGGAGCGCUCGCUGCACUAUUGCUCCAUCUGCUCGAAGGGCUUCAAGGACAAGUACUCGGUGAACGUGCACAUACGUACACACACCGGUGAGAAGCCCUUCACCUGCUCGCUGUGUGGCAAAAGUUUCCGCCAGAAGGCGCACCUGGCCAAACACUACCAAACGCAUAUGGCGCAGAAGCACAACGGUGGUUUGGUGAAGAGCAGUGGUGGCAGCGGCGGCGGUGGUGGCGGUGGCAACUCCAGCAAACAUCAGCGUGCGGCAGCAGCAGCCGCGGCGGCAACAGCAGCCGCAGCGGCAGCAGCUGCAGCUUCAACCCAAGCAGCGAAUAGUGGCAUGUCGAUCGUGCCCAACAGUUGCGCGGGCAGUGUGGUAGCGGCGGCUGUGCAUCAACGGCAACUGAAUGUGGCAGCAUCGUUGGGUAUGGCAGCGGGCGUGCGCGCUGUAGCCGGCGGUGUGGUAUCCACGGUCGCAGUAGGUGGACCAAUGAACGGACCCACGCUAGGCGCGGUGAAUGCAAAUGUGUUGCCACCAGCGAAUGGCCUGUUGGCGAAUCGGUAAAAGUAUGUACUUAUACAUAUGUAUAUUUUUAGCGCUUUGGAAAAUUAUUGUAUUUGUGUUUUCUGUUAUUUAAGUAAAAAAAUCUUGUUCCUAAUGCUCAAUACGAAUACUCCUAUGCACAAAACCAGCUAUUGCCACAUACUUGUACAAAUAUUACGGUACAUAUGUAUGUGUCUACUCACAUAUCGUUGCUACUAGUUCCCUUUACUUUUUAUUACUUUAACUUACUCUUAAAUAUAUAUAUAUAUAUAUAUAUAAUAUAUUGUAUAUAUAUUUAUAUAUUAUAUUAAGAGAUUACUUCUACUCGUCAAAGUGCCUAAAUACUUUAAUUAGAAUCCUAUAUACUCAAAUAUGUGCGUUCUACUACAUAUGACUUCUCAUCAGAACUCAUCGAAUUUAUUCACGCAUUCCUAUAAAUAUACUUAAAUACAUAUCUACGCAUAUUUAACUCUUUAAAAAUACAAUUUACUGUUAUUUGGUAGCGAUUCAAAACUGUUUGGUCUUUGUUGUAAUCCAAAAGCAGCAAUUCGUAUAAAUAAGUUCACAAAUAUUAAAGAUUAAAAAUAUACAACAAAAACAUUUUUAGCUGGCAAUACUGAAAAUAAAAAAAGCCGAUAUAUUUUGCAAACAAAAAUCGUAUUCUAUAUAAAUUUUCCAAUUAGCCUACAAUGACCGUCCGAAAAAAAUUUUAAAUUUUUUGUUUUGAAAACUAACCUCUUUUAAUUGAAAAAUAGUUCACAGUGGGCUACAUAUUAAGUAUGUUUAAGCUUCCAUAUUUUGUUGUGAUGCCGUUUAAACAUAAAAAAAUUAAACAGUUUACGUUUCUGAUUUUGUAUCCAGAUUUCCUCUGAAAGCAUUUACACUAAAAAUAUAUAACUAACAUUUGAAAUUUAUUUUUUUCCUCAAUAAACUCUCUCCCACAAAACUUGGCGAUAAUAUUGCAAAAAUUAUAAUAAUUAUAAAUUGACUGAUUAUUAUAAAAUUAUGGCCAUAUACUCGUACAUCGAGCUAUUUUACACACUUAUAUGUAGGCCAGUUUUAAUUUCAAAUGCCUUAUUUAAAAUCGCUGCCUACAUUUAGGAUGCAAGAUAAAAAAAAAUUCAGUAAGAAAGGAAAAAUACAAAAGAUAUCGAAAAUCAAUUUAAUAAAGGCAAAACAAAUUCAUAUUAACAAAUAUAUAUAACAAUAUUGGUAAAGUUUAGAGGAAAAUAUUAACAAAAGUAUUACUCUUCAAAAUUUAAUAAACUUUUCGUCUUCUUAAUCAACCUUUGUCAUUAAUAUAUGUUUAAUUAGAUAGGUACAUACUUCAGCAUUGUGUUUCACAUCAAUAAAAGAACAAAAGAAGACAUUGUAAGACUCUGCAUCAAUCAUUUUGAAAUGACGAUUAAUCACCAUUUCUGAAAAUUAGUCAAUCAAUUGAAUGUCAAUUGUCCAUUAACACUGCUCUUUUGUCCAAUUCGAUUUGCCUAAAUCAAUGUUAGUCAGUCAAAUGAAUAUUGAGCAAUCAAACUAAGCAACACAAAUACAAAAAUCUGUAAUGAAGCAGUUUUUCGUUAUUGACCAACACACACUUGGCUUUGUCUCACUCCCAAUGAAAAUCAAUUGUAAUAAAUACCAAAUUCAUAAUUCACACUGAUUUCAAUAGACUCGUAUAUGCAAGUUGGCAACACUUCAAAUGGACAAUCAAUUAGACGGUGAUUAAUUAAUCAAUUGAAAGCGUGCCACUUUUAGUGGCUUUUAUGAAUUUAAAAAACUUAAGCAACGGUAUUAAAAUAAAAGUCACGAAAUAAUUUUUGAGCUUUCAUACAACAUUAAUUUUUUCAAAUAUAGUAAUAUAAUAUAAAAAAUCGGCUAAAUUAAGUAGUUUUGAGUCAAUGUUAAUCAAUAAAAUUUACACAUAUAAUACGAGUUAAUUUUUAUAAUAACUUAUGUAUUGAACGCUUAAAAUUCUUGCAAUCAAAGACCGCUAUUUUGAAUCGAUACUUUCUCCAAAUAAAACUUUGUGAAUUUUAAACACGCUGUAACAUAAGUUUUGCACAAGUAAAAGCCGUUAAAAAAGAAAAAUAUAUAAAAGUAAGUGUAGCAAAAGUAAAAUUAUUACAGAAAACACUAUUUUAACGCUCUUAAGCUAAUUUAGCAACAUAAGCAAAUGUGCCAAAAUAUAUAAAUUAAUUGAGCUACUAAAUGAAAAUCUCAAGUAAAGCGACAUUCAUGAAAAAUUAAUUUAAAAAAGAGGCAGCAACAAACAAACAGUGUAAUUUAGAAGCUAAAUCAAAAACGAAAAUGGCAAAGGAGGCUUUAUCUGAAAUUAAAAUAGCUAAAAAAAAA